GCGAGCAAAUAAACAGGCGAACGAAAAUACAGAGGCAAGCGGGCGGACACGGACAGGCACUCGAUAUCUAUUUGUUUGGCGAAUGUGAAAAAUUUUCGUAUCAAAUUUUAUACGCGUACGCGGCGGCCUUUUCGAAAAUUUUUUGCUGCAGCUGUCGUCGUCGGUGGUGGUGGUGUGCUUGUAUUUCGCGUGUUCGGCGGUCUUUCUCCCCCACAAACCCCCAUGUCCGUAUCGUUAUGCUGGAAAAGCCGAACCAUGUUUUGCGUGCUUCGAACUCUCGCGAUCCUAUUGGUUUUAAGUGCGGUGGCGUUCGAUUUUGCGGCAGCCGCCAAAAAAGACGCGUCUGUGCCGGCGCCAAAAGCUGCCGAAACGUCAAAAGCCAAUCCAUCAACCAAACAUUCCGAACCUGUUAUCGAAGACGUGACCGCCAAACAAUUGGAAAAAGUACUCAACGAGAAAGAUUACGUAGCUGUAUUCUGGUAUACACGAAGCUGUCAUACCUGUGAUAAAGUUUUAGAAGAAUUAGAAAAUAUAGACGACGACACGGACAGUUUUGGGGUAGAUUUUGUGAAAAUAAACGAUAAAAGACUGGCUAAACAUUAUGGCAUCAAGAAUUUCCCAGCACUCACCUACUUCCGAGAGAAGGAACCAAUCAUUUACGAAGGAGAUUUAAUGGACGAAGAAAGUGUGUUGAAUUUCUUAACGAGCUUGGAAGCUUUGGAUUUACCAGAUCGAAUCGAAGAAGUGAACUCGAAAAUUUUACAAAAAAUCAUCGACGAUACGGAUUUUGUGGCCGUUCUAUUCUGUCCGGAGCAAGAUAGCUGUGCUACGAAGUCUCCCAAUAAACAAAAUUGCCGGAAAUGCGCCAAAGUACUACAAGAAUUGGAAAACAUUGACGACGAAGCGGAUCAACUAGGCAUAGGUUUCGUUAAAAUAGCGGAUGACGCGUUAGCCGAAGAAUACAAUUUGGGCGAGCUUCCAAAACUGGUGUAUUAUCGACAUCAAAUUCCAAUCGUGUACGAAAAUGAGUUGACUAAAGAGGAAGAUGUGUUAGAAUGGUUGGUACAAAAUAAAUCAACUGGAGAUGAAGACGAUGUUAUCGAAGAAGUAACCGCCAAAACACUGGAAACUCUUAUAUCAUCGGUGGAUUACUUAGUCGUUCUUUUCUACGACAACGACGAAGAAGAAUCUCAAAUUGUACUCGGUGAAUUGGAGAAAAUUGACGACGACUGCGACAGACAUGGAAUCCAGUUUGUAAAAAUAGACGACACCAAGGUAGCCCAAGAAUUUGGAAUUGAUACUGUACCUGCCAUUGUUUACUUUGAGAAGAAAAUACCAAAUUUAUACGAUGGUAAUUUGGAAAACGAAGAAGAAAUACUGGAAUGGUUAGUCAGCCAAUUAGAGAAAGACGAAAUCGAAGAUAUCACCGACGAAAUGCUCGACAGGCUGAUAAAGGACGGUAAAACCCUGGCUGUGCUGUUUUAUGACGACAACGACAGAAAGUCUUUACGAGUUCUAAACGAAUUGGAGAACAUAGACGACGAAUGCGACAAACUUGGAGUAACUUUUGUAAAAAUUGAUAAUUCGGACGAAGCUAAAGAAUACGGAAUUGAAAAAUUACCCGCACUUGUGUACUUCGAAAAAGGAAUUCCUCUCAUGUACAAAGGAAAUCUGGAAGAAGAAGAAAAAGUUUUGGCUUGGAUCGAACAUCAACUACAAAGCGACGAAAUCGAAGACGUAACCGACGAAAUGUUGGAUAUUUUAAUUGAGAGGAUGCCUCACGUGGCUGCUUUAUUCUAUGACAAAAACCAAAAAAAAAGUCAAAAAGUUCUCACCGAGUUGGAAAACAUCGACGACGAAUGCGAUCAGAAUGACAUAGCUUUUGUGAAAAUCGACGAUCAAAAAGAAGCUCAAGAAUACGGAGUGACGUCAUUACCCCAACUGAUAUUUUUUGAAAAAAGAAUUCCGCACGUUUACGAAGGAGAUUUACUAAAAGAGGAAGAAUUACUCAGUUGGCUUAUCCAUCAGAAAAGGCACAGUGAAAUACCUGAAGUGACCAAUAAAAUGGUUGAUAAGCUUGUCGAGACUGUACCUUACUUGGCUGUGUUAUUCUACGAUAAAGAUGAUAAACAAGAUAUACGAAUUUUAAACGAACUGGAAAACAUCGACGACGAAUUGGACAAAGAAGGUAUCGUUAUAGUUAGGAUAGAUAAUGACGAAGAAGCCAAAGAAUACGGAAUCGAUCACCUACCCACAUUGGUAUACUUUGAAAACAGAAUACCUGCUUUGUACGAAGGUGAUUUAAUCAACGAAGAAGAAGUACUCAGUUGGUUAAUGGAGCAAAAAUCUACUGCAACGAUCGAAGAAGUUACUGACGAAAUCUUGAAAGGAUUAGUGGAGGAGCACGAAUAUGUUUUGGUUUAUUUCAGUGGAAGAUGCGAAGAAGGCGAAAAAUGCGACAAAAUUUUAGAUGGUUUUGAAAACAUCGACGAUGAAUUGGACGAAAGUGGAAUCGUUUUUGUGACCACUGAAGACCAAAAUAUUGCCAAAGAGUACAGUAUCAAAAGUUUUCCAGCUUUAGUAUUCUUCCGCAACAAGGAACCUUUGCAUUAUAGUGGCGACCUCGAAGACGAAGAUGAAGUUUUAUCGUGGCUGAACGAAGACAGCACUUUGGAAAUUCCAGGCAAAAUCGAAGAAGUAAAUGGCAAAAUGUUGGAUAAGAUUUUAAACGAGACCGAGCAUGUCGUGGUAUUUUUCUAUAAAGAAGGCGACAAGAAAAGUCAAAAAAUUUUAGCCGAAUUGGAAAAUAUAGACGACGAAUGCGAAGAAAAAGGCAUAAGUUUUGUCAAAACGUCCGACGAUGGUAUAGAUAAAGAAUACGAUUUAGCUGAAUUACCAGCUGUUGUCUAUUAUAGAAACCGAUUCCGCAAAAUUUAUAACGGUGAUCUAAUGCACGAGGAAGCUAUAUUAGCCUGGGUGCUGGAUUUGUACGUAUCGACGCCUGAUGUCAUUGAAAGUGUGGACAGAAAAACGUUACAAGUUUUGAUCAAUGAUGUGGAGCACUUGGCUGUGUUUUUCUAUAGCGAUAAAUGCGAUACUUGCGAAUCGAUAUUGAACGAUUUAGAAACCAUCGACGACGACACAGAUAAACACGGUAUUCAGUUUGUAAAAUCCAAAGAUUCUAAACUCGCUUCUGAAUUGGGCAUAUUCAGCUUUCCAGCUCUAGUGUAUUAUGAAACCGGUGUUCCCAUCAUGUACGAUGGAAAUUUAUUGGACGAAAGCGAAGUGCUGGACUGGAUGAUGAGGCAAAAAACUGACGAAAGCAUCGAAGAUAUCGACCGAGAUGGCCUCUUCGAAUAUAUCGAUACAAAAGAAUUUUUGGCUGUGGUUUGGUAUACAGAAGACGAUGCGGCCAUGGCUCGAGUCAUCCGCCAUAUCGAAUUAAUCGACGACGAGGCUUUAGAAUAUGGGAUCAAAAUAGUGAAAUGUACCGAUAAGUUGAUGGCGAAAAAAUUUGGGUUUCGUAACUUGCCCGGAAUUACGUAUUUUCGGAAAGGCAAAUUCAUCAAUUACGACGGAGACAUCGAAGACGAUGAGGAAUUAUUAGACUGGUUAACGGAUCCUUCAAAUAUGGAAAUGACCGAUCACAUCGAAAAAGUCAAUAGAAAAAUGUUUGAGAAAAUUAGGCAAACUUCCGAUUACGUGGCGGUUUUCUUUUAUAGUGACGACUGCAAACAAUGCAAUAGAGUAUUAGCCGAAUUGGAACACAUCGACGAUGAAGCCGACGACUUUGGAAUAGAUUUUGUGAAAAUAAACGAUAAACAAUUUUCCAAAGAAAUGGGUGUUUUUGCUCUUCCAGCAGUUGUUUUUUUCAAACUGGGUUCGAAAGAACCUGUAAUUUACGCUGGAGACUUGUACGAUGAAGAGGAAAUAUUAAACUGGUUAAUGACGCAAAAGGAUCCUUCAGGAGAUGUAAUCGAAGAACUGGAGGGGGAGAAAUUACUACACGCCAUUCAUACUUCGGAAUCAUUGGCAGUCUUUUUCUGGAAUGGUACCAAAUGUGAAGAAUGUAUGUCGAAAAAAGGCCAAAAAAAGCAGAAAAAAAUUCGAGAACGCCGAGAAGAAAGCGUCGCAGAAAAUGCUGACAACGCUAUUGAUAAUGAGAUUGCUGAUCAAAUGAACGAAUGUGAUCAAUGUAGUCAAAUUUUAGAAGAGUUGGAGAACAUUGAUGACGACUGCGACCGUCACGGAAUCACUUUCGUUAAAACACAAGAUUUUUCAUUGGCAGAAAAUUUCGGAGUAUCAGAGCUACCUUCGUUGGUGUAUUUUGAAAAUCAAAUCCCGAACAUGUUUGAAGGCGAUUUAACGGAAGAAGAAGAGGUACUUCAGUGGUUGAUCACACAGAGGACGGAAGAUCGAAUAGAACUGAUCACCAGAGCAAUGCUAGAAGCGAUGGUUGAGGACACGCAAUACUUGGCUGUGUAUUUCUAUAAGGAAACGUGCCACAUUUGCGAUCAAAUUCUGGAAGGAUUAGAAAGUAUCGAUGACGAAUGUGACGUAUUUGGAAUCCAUCUCGUCAAAAUUCAAGAUCCUCAGUUAGCCAAACGUUACUCCAUCAAAACCUUUCCCGCUUUAGUCUAUUUUCGAAAUGGCAAUCCUCUUUUAUUUGAAGGAGAUCUACAAAACGAAGAAUCAGUUUUGGAAUGGCUUAUUGACGAUGAUAAUCGCGAAUUAGCAGAUGAAAUCGAAGAAGUGAACAGUCGUAUGCUGGAAAGAUUACUGGAUGAGUCGCUAUUUCUGGCUGUAUUUUUUUAUGACAAAGACUGUGAAGACUGCGACGAUAUUUUGGAAGAGCUGGAAAUUAUAGACGGCGAAGCUGACUUAUUUGGUAUCGAUAUGGUAAAAAUAUCAGAUUCCGAAGCGGCUCAAAAAUAUGGAAUCGUAAACAUGCCUUCUUUAGUAUAUUUCAGAAAGCGUAUCCCAUUACUAUACGAUGGCGAUUUGUUGGAUGCGGAAAAAAUUCUAACCUGGUUAACGUCACAAGAUGUUUUUGAAAUCAAAAAUGAAAUUGAAGAAGUGAAUAGAAAGAUGUUGUCAAAACUCCUGGAUGAAAAUGAAUUUUUGGCUGUUUAUUUUUAUGAAAAGAAUUCACCGAUCAGUAUGAAAGUGUUGGAUCGUUUGGAAAGAAUAGACGGUGAAACUGAUGAUAUGGAUAUAACUUUUGUAAAAAUGGGUGAUCCACGGUACGCCCGAAAAUGGGGUGUAACAAAACUGCCAGCCAUAGUUUACUUUAGAAAUAGAUUUCCUAGCAUUUACAGAGGAGAAUGUGAAUCAGAAGAUGAAGUAUUAGACUGGUUAAGAAAAAACCGAUACCGGCAGCCAGAAUUGAACGUAUUCAUGUACGGUUUGAUAGCCCUUACUCUGGCAUUUGUCAGUUACACCAUAUUCCUUCUAUAUGGAUUCCCUAAUCACCCAAAGACAUCGUAAUAUGCCAAAUUUCUCUGUUAUUUUACUUAUUAGCAAGUUAUCUAAUUAUUUAAGGUUCGUAGGAAUUUGAGUUUGUAAUAUACAGGCUAUUCAAUAAUGUUGAAGAUCAUGUCGAGAAUUUUUAUGCUGCAAGGAUAUUGUCUCAUAACUUAAUAUCAGUCAUCAACUUUCAUCAUUCAUUGCUGUAUAAAAAUUCUCAUAAGCUUUCAGCUCUAUGGUGGGUUUUCUUUGACUUUUUUUUUUUUUUUUUUUUUUUUUUUGAGAAAAAUUGGAGGGAAGAUUUAAAGGACUGCAGAAAAUAUUUUGAAAUCUUGACUUAUUUCAAAUUUUAAAAUUUACAUUGAAAAUUUUUUAAAAAGUUACUCAGCGAUAAUUGAUCAUAAUUAUCAUCCAUUUAGAGGCAGGUGAGUAAACAGUUUUUGAUUUUUUUUUUCAUCUUUCCAAGAAUUUUGCCUAACGUACAAAAAUAUUACGAUUUUGGACCGACUCAAAAGUUCAGUUGAAUGACCUAAAAAAGUGAAAAAAAAAUUCAAAAACGGUGUUCUUACUUCUAAGUGAAAAAAUCAAAAUUUGUUUGGAUUUUCAACAUAAAUUUUAAACCUGGUAGAAAAGUGAUGGAUCAAGUCAGGAAUCCAAAAUGAUUCCGGUGGUGUUUUGAGGCCCUCCUACAACUUAUAAUAAUCUGAUCCACCUCCACUUUUCUGAGAGAAAAAGUCAAGACGACCCAUUCUAUUGAACACCCUGUAUGCAAAGUGUCGGAUGAGCGGAAGAGUUAACUGAACGUAGAUAUUUAUAGAGGUUCCAGAAAUCACCAACAUAAAAAUUAAAUAUAUAGGUAAUUAUUUUUUAAAAAAUUAUUUUGACAAUUUGAGGGAGGAAUCACUUUUUUAAAACAUUUGUUCAAUGAAUUUAAAUCAAACUUCCAUUCGCCCCUUCUAUUUGACAAACCAGCAACCUGCACAUCCAACGUUUUUUUUUCGUCGUGGCAUUUCAUUUUAGGUAGAUAAUCUUCGUUAAUUCUAAAUUUGUAUCUAUAAUUUACCAUGUGUUUCAUUUUUGUUUAUUUGUUUUUUUCAUGUGUAUCUAUCGAUUUUAAAUGUCCAUUUCAUUUUUGUCGAAGUGAACAUAAAUUAAUUGAAAAAUGAAUAAAAUGUUUUGUAUCAAA